AUGGGGUUUUUAAGCCGUUUUCGCAAGCGUUCGAAAAGUCAUAGCCGUGCGGGGAACGCGGUCAGCUAUGAGCACCUCCGCACUAACUAUGAGGUUGUUCCUCCAUUGCCCAUCAUGGGCACAGACUACACCAAGAGGCUACCACGACCGGUUUUGAUCCGCAUCUUCUCCUUUGUGUGCCCUCACACCGAAGAUAACAGCUAUGAUACCUCAGAGGAAUCCAUGACCGAGGAUGGCUGUAUGCUUUGUGACAUGCGUGACCUUGCACACUGCGCGUUGGUGUGCAAGCGAUGGUCCAUCGAUGCGGACGCUCUCCUAUACUCCAAUGUCCGCAUCGACGCCGUCCACUACUGUGAGCUCGAGGUUCAGUUAUCAGCUAAACGGAAACGCCGCUCCUUCUUCGACAAGAAUGGCGAUCCCGAAGAUGCCCCCCAGGCUCGCCUAUCGCUCUUCAUGCGAACUGUUCGACAAUCACAUGGCCUAGGGAGUAUGGUCCGCUCGUUGCGCAUGCCGUAUAUGACUCGCGAGGCAAGCAAAUCGGAGAUUGCACGAACGGUUUCCGUGUUGCCCAAUCUCCGCUACGUUGAUUUGCCCGCUGGAUUCUUCAGUGAUGACCCCGCGUGCCUCGCCCUGAAGCAGGAAAUUAUGGCCCGCUGUCCAGAUCUUCGCCGCAUGAAUUACCGACAUGGGUCGGAGGGUACCUUCUCGCAGUUGCCUGGCACACACCUCUGGGCGAAUCUGGAAAUACUGGAAUUGUCGGGACUACAAGUCGAGCCUCACAUUCUCCGAUUCGGCCUGGGCGCGUUUCCCAGGCUUCGCGACUUAACUUUGGAGGACCUUCCCUGGCUCGAUGAUUCCGCCUUCGUACACUCCCAAACCUUUCCCCCGUUCCCCGCUGUUGAGCGGCUUACCCUUCGAGAUACCCCGAAUGUCACGGCAAGCGGGCUUGCCGCAUUUUUCUCCCUGCCUGAAAACCGAGCCUCUUUGCAAUCCUUGACCCUGUCAUCUACCCAAGUCCAACCCUCGACUCUCCACCAAAUUCUCUCUGUCGCACCGGAGCUCCGCGCGCUAUCAGUCAUCCAGGAAGUCUCACGAUCGUUCCCUCCGGAGAAGGUGCCACCGCUCACCUCCCGGUCACUUGAACUGUUGCACUACGAGAUAUCUUCCCCACCCGGCUCUUACGGUAUGCCGCCGGUGGCAAGCUCGUAUUAUUCUUACCUGAUUUCAUCCUUGAUGUCCAACUGUCUUCCUGCGCUUCGGGAUCUUUAUGUCCGUGACGCCGGAUUUCCAGAGGCACUCUUGCUUGCCCCUCCACCCCGCUUAUUUGGUGGAGGUGAGAGUGGGCCCCAAUUCGGGGGAGGCAUCCUCGCACAGCCGUUGAACGUGUACAGCAAGGGCUUGGACGAAUUGGAGUGGAACUUCACUCCUUAUGAACCGCCUUCAACCAGAGGCCGUCGGGAUAGUACGACACGGCCUGUGAGCUUUCACGAUGCUCAAUUGAGUCGUUCCUGGGGUGGCGACGCAAGGAAGAGUGUGCUAGUGGGUAAUGGCUUUGGCGGGUUCCUGGCUGUUCCCGUGGAUGAUGGGCGUCCUAAGAGUAGUGGUGGUUGGAGGCGUGAGAGCAGAGGUGAUUUGUGGCGGUGA